UCCGAGCGCUGCGCGUUCCGGGUCGGCGGCGGCUGCUCCAGUCACGCACGAGGGGUUUGCAGCGGCGGGGUCGACGGCGAGCGGGGUGUAGCGCUCGCGAGUGUUCGCGAUGAGUUUACCCCUCAAUCCCAAGCCUUUUCUCAAUGGACUGACAGGAAAACCAGUGAUGGUGAAACUCAAGUGGGGGAUGGAAUAUAAGGGCUACCUGGUCUCUGUUGAUGGCUACAUGAACAUGCAGCUUGCAAAUACAGAAGAAUACAUAGAUGGUGCCUUGUCUGGACAUCUGGGUGAAGUUCUAAUAAGGUGUAAUAAUGUCCUUUAUAUCCGAGGCGUUGAAGAGGAGGAGGAAGAUGGGGAAAUGAGAGAAUAGCAUCUUUGAGGGUUUUUUUAUAUAUAUGUAUUUCUAUACAAUAAA